CAGGUCGGUCCCCAGGACUUUGAGAUGCUGCGGGUUGUGGGUCAGGGCGCCUUUGGCAAGGUGUUCCAGGUGAUGCACCGGGCCAGCAGGACGGUGUAUGCCAUGAAGGUGAUGAGGAAGGAGCGCAUUCUGCAACGGGACCACAGCGAGUACGUGCGCUCCGAGCGGGAUCUGCUCACGGCGGUCGUACAUCCGUACAUUGUGACAUUGAGGUUCAGCUUCCAGACCCCCACAAAGCUGUAUCUGGUGCUGGACUUUCUGAACGGGGGCCACCUCUUUUUCAACCUCUAUCGCCAGGGUGUUUUCAGCGAGGACGUGGCCCGGCUGUACACCGCGGAGAUCGUGUUGGCCAUCAGCUACCUGCACUCCCAGGGCAUCGUGCACCGGGACCUCAAGCCGGAGAAUGUGCUGCUGGACAGUGAGGGUCAUGUACGGCUGACGGACUUCGGUCUAGCCAAGGGCAACAUGGGCGGUGAGACGGAUCGAACCAACUCGUUCAUCGGGACUAUGGAGUACAUGGCGCCAGAGAUCAUCGAGGCCAAGGGUCACGGGAAGGCGGUUGACUGGUGGAGCACCGGUAUCCUGAUGUACGAGAUGCUGUGCGGUGUACCGCCCUUCCGAGCGAAGAGCCGACAGGCGCUGCAGCAGCAGAUCGCCUCGGGAAAAGUCAAAUACCCCAAGUUCUUGUCGUCGGAGUCCCAAAAUCUUCUGAAGGGCCUCCUGACCAGGGACCCCGCUAAGCGCCUGGGCAAUGGCCCCGAUGGCUCCGAGACCGUCAAGAGACAUGCCUUUUUCAAAUCCAUCAACUGGGCCAAGCUGGAGGCGCGGCAGAUCGAGUCCAAGUUUAAGCCCAACGUGUCAUGUCAUAUGGACGUCGCCAACUUUGACAAGAUCUGGACGGAGCAACCCGCCGUGGACUCCCCCUGCGGUACGCCCACCGUCGCCUCGUUGGGCAAGUUUGAGGGGUUCACGUACGUGGAGCCGUCCUUCCUGGCCAGUCAGCACGGCGCGGCGUCGGUGGCGCAGCUGGCGGUGGUGGCGGAGGCGGCGGCGGCGGCGGAAGCACCCGCAUCGUCGUCUUGA